AAUGAAAAAAUUGAGGAAUCAGUUCAAAUUCAUGAAACUGAAAGUACUUCAUUAAAUAAUCCAAUGAAUUGGUCGAUAAGGAAAAAACAGUUCAUAGUAUUCAUUAUCUCAGUGGCAGGAACAAUCGCCUUUAUUUCUUGCACAAUUGUUUUUCCCGCACUUAUUCAAAUUGGCGUUGAUUUGAAAACUUCUCAAGUUCUUGCCAACGCUAUAAUUAUGCGUUCGUUUCAGGCUUUUGGUGGAUCUGCAGUCCUAAGUAUUGGUGCAGGAACUAUAAGUGGUAUAUUCAUUCCUACAGAACGUGGGCGUGCUUUUGGAUGGUUCUACUUGGGACCUUUAAUAGGUCCUGCUAUUGGUCCAACCAUAGGCGGUUAUAUAACUCAAUACCUUGGGUGGAAAUUUAUCUUUUGGUUUCUAUCAAUAUAUGGAGGAAUUAUUUUAGUCAUCAUAUACUUUGCACUUCCCGAAACUUUUCGUCACACCCAGUUGCCACUUACCACAACAUCACCUCCUAAAAAGCGGUUUAAUCCAUUCUUACCGCUUACUUUACUUCGUUAUCCAAAUCUAUCUUUAGCAAUAAUUUACAUAAGUAUAAUUUAUUCGGUGAUAUAUGUCCAAAAUGCCCUUGUUCCAACAACUUUUUCAACAAAGUAUAAUCUGUCUCCAUCAAAUGUUGGGCUCGUGCUUCUUUCUCCUGGUAUUGGAUACUUUUUAGGAAGUGUAAUAUCUGGAAAUUACUCUGAUUUCAUAUUGACUAAAAGUAGAAAGAAAUACGGUAGUAUUUAUCCGGAAAUGAGAAUAAAUAGUGUUUGGCUUGGAUCAGUGUUAAUCCCAGUUUCACUUUUAGCUUAUGGAUGGUUUAUUGCGAAGGAUACUCAUAUUUCUUUACCUAUAGUAUCUAUGUUUUUUUUCGGAUUUGGUGCAUUGUCAGUAUUUAAUGGUUCAUCAACAUACUUAAUCGACGCUUUUCCUGGCCGAAGCGCUUCAUCUAUAGCAGUAAACAAUUGUUUCAGAUCUAUAGCAGCCUCAAUAAUGUCUUUCGCUUCGACGCCGCUUGAAAAUGCUUUAGGCACUGGUUUAUUGUAUACUCUUUUGACA